AGCACGGGGAGAGGUCGUCUGCAGGCGCUCAAAUGUGCUGCACAAAAAAAAAAAAAAAAAAAAAAGAACAACGCACCGGACCCCUCCGAUCGGAGCCGUCCACGGAAUCGAGUUAAGACCCAGAGGUUCAAAAUCGCCGUCUGCAGAUCUCUCACUACACUUUGACCUUUUAUCUGGAGCCUUUGCUCAAUCCUGCCCAGGGAAAUCUGUAUCUUAAUAAAACAAGAGGCUUUCCAGAAUUCUGCUAGCACAUCUAUGUGGGUGGUGGAGAAGAUCUGUGUGUCAAUGGAGAGCUCCAUCCUGCCCAUGUCAUCAUCAGAAUUCAGCUUCAAGAUCGGUGACAUCAUGUUCGGGGAAAAAUCGAACAAACACAAAAGAAUUUCCCUCUUCCCUAAUGUCAUCACCCCUGACAACAUCCCAGAGUUCUGCAUCCCGCCAACCAUUCCUUCCCCGCCGGACCUAAAGAAUACGGACCACAGCCGAGCUGUUCGUGUUGCCAAAGCGAACCUCUGCGAAAAGGUUGAGGUGGUGCAUCAUGAGCUCCUGAACCCGCAUAUUAUCCAGGUGGAGAGCGUGGAUGAGGGCCCCUGUGAUGGCUGCAGUGAUGAGGAGACAACAAACGCUGAUCCUCAAAGCCAGGCUGCCUUGUCCCUCCCCCAUUUGGCCAAAGCUCAGACCUGCUACGGCUUCUGCACCUUACUGGAGAGCCCACACACCAGGAGGAAGGAGUCCCUUUUCCACUCCGAUCCAAGUUCCUCUCCCCUGCUGCUGCCCAGGAGCCGAUCCGCCACCUGCUCUAAAGUCACCUCACCCUCCUUGUCGUCGCCUUCCUCCGUUAGUCUCAACAGUCUCACAUCCAGACUUUCCCCGAGAGGACACAAUGUCAACUGGCAGGGGGCUCUGGACAGCGAUACCUCCUCUACCGAGUCGUCUCCUUUCAGUUCGCCCCUUCUGACCAGAUGCCCCACCAAGUCGUCACUCUUCAAGGCACUGAGCCAUGAACUGUUGCUAUCGAAGAACAUAAGGAAGGCCAUGGUGUCCAGGAAUAAUUCCCUCUCCACAGAUGAAGGCAGCUCGACUGACAACAGUCCCAACGUGAUGAGGAGGACGUCAGAGGGCUUAGCUGAGGGCCUCCCCAGCUGUUAUAGCCUGGCACCCCCAACUAUCUUCCCCAUGGAUUUGACCCUGCACAGGGAGCGGGUCAUGAAAGAAAAAAUUGUGCCGAUAGGGAAGGACGGCUGCCUGAGACUCUCCGCAGAGUACUGCCCAGACAACCAAAGACUGAGGGUCCGACUGAUCAGUGCAGAGGGGCUGUACCCUCUGUCCGUAGACCCCAAGAUUAUUAACUGCAGUGUCAGCAUCUCAAUGGCUCCGGGGAAAGUCCAGAAGCAGCGCAGCACCGUCAUCCGAAAAAGCCGCAAUCCCAUCUUCAAUGAAGAUUUCUUUUUCGAUGGCAUCUCAGAGGAAGACCUGAAUAUGCGCUCCCUUCACUUCAAAGUGGUCAACAAAAUGUCCACCCUCAAAAGAGACUAUCUGCUGGGUAGCAGUGAUCUGCCUCUUAGUACCAUUGUCAGCUUAAGCCAUUAGUACUUCCAAGUAUGUUAUUAAGGUAUUAUUUCUUUUCUUUUUUUUGUGAUAAGAUUUUUUUAAUGAAUAAAUUAAGGCAACCCGAACUUGGUUUACAUUCAAUUCAGUGUUGUUUCUUGAAAACCUCAUUAAUUAGGCAAACACUACAAAUGAUGAGUAGUACAGUUUUAGUUUUAGAGGUCAAAUGUCAUCAGCUAAUAAACAAAGACAGAGCCAACAAAGAAAAGCAUUUCCCUAAAUUUCCAUCAAAAUAAUUUUAAAAACAUAACUGCAUGUCUGCUUUCAUGUUUAGCUGUGCUAAAAUGGCUUCUGAAUCAGCCGGUGUGAGAAAACAAUCAUCUCAUGUUUCUUCCUAAGCCAGUUGAAAAUAUCACUAGAAAGCAGUAACCUCUGAGGGCAGUUCCCCCCCCCCCCUUGCUUAUGCAUUUUGGGUUUAACACCGUAAACAAAUGGGGGUUUUUACCUGCAUAUUGUCCUGGCUGUAAUAAAGACAUAGUACUGUAAAAAAACCUUAGCAACCCGAAUACGAAGAAAGUAGCAUGCCACCUGAAUUAGACUCUAACAGAUACCGCAGCUGCAAGACACAUUUUCUCUUAGAUUUCACAAACUACAAUAAUAUAAUUUGCUAAUAUUAAGUAAUAUUGCACCUGGAACCUAAAAUUAAACUGGGCUUUUUAUAAGGCUUUGUGUACAGUAUGAAAUAUGGUUGUUCUUUUUCGAUGACGCUAUAUUCAGAGGAAUUGAGUGUAUUUCAUUGCAAUAUAGACACACAUGGUACCUUUCGUUUGAACAACUGAGCAGAGCCACAGAGCCUAAUGUACACUCCAAACAUAUCAUGCAGCCAGCAGCAAUAAAGUGCAGGCUUAGAAGGUGCCACUAUAGCUGCUGGUUAAUGUUUAAUAGGUUUCCCGCAAGGCUCGGAAAUGCUUUGACAGAGAACUGACAUCACUUGGUAAUGACACAGCAUAAUGUGAUUAUUGAAAGACUAUAAUGAUCCAUAAUUUGUAAUGCAAAUAUUUAAUUGUAGAUUUGAUACUUUGGAUUAUGCAUUUGGGAAAAGGACAAAUAUACCUCGUUAUGAUCCACUUUCAAUCUGAACCAAUCAUUCAUGCAGCCACAAAGAGACACAAUCCAGCCUCAGCCAUUAUGAUGGAAAUAAUGGCUUGUCUUUCUGCAGACAUGGCUCGAUAAACCAGCUUUUGAAUACUGCAAUUAAUAUGUGAAGCACGUAACUGACAAAGAAAAGAAAAUACAGCUCAUACAAACCAACAGCAUGUAUUUCUCAACAAUAGCUCUUUGCACAGGAUGUUUUCAGGUCUUCUGUGGAGGCAGAUCCUGUUGGACACUUCUGUGCUGAGUGUUGACACAGCUGCGAAAUACCUACAAUAAACAAUAAAUUAAGUGUGAUUCACCUUGCUGCUCGACCACUGAUAGUAUCUGAGGAAUUUCCUGAUUUUCCUGAUUUACACUUUGAAAGAAGCAGGCACGUUGCUUUUAGCCCGUCGGCUACAGCUGCAUUAGGCUCACGGGCCAGGCUGUCAAUAGGAAAGGUCGAAGCAAUGUGUAGCAGACUACCUUUAACUUUGAAUUACCUUAGUUGGGAAAAGAAUGUAUAUUGAAAAUACACUCACUGGCUACAACAGUAGGCACACUUACACAAUCUGUCAUCUUCUACCCGUUAUUCUGUUCAGGGUCACAAAUUAAAAUUAAAUUACCAAAGUUAAUUUAAGGUGACGGCAUCACUUUCCUUAAUAAGUUGGAAACUGGUAACCACUCAGUCGAGCUACACAAUUUAAUGAGAUCCAGAAGCAAUCCAAACUGCUGAAAAGAUUGUCGGUACCCCUCUAGCCACCCUUGAGGACCUGCACGCUGCCAGAACUAAGACAAGAGCGUGCAAAAUCCUCUCGGACCCUCCACAUCCCAGUCACCUUCCCUCAGGUAGGCGCUACCGAUCAAUGAAAACUAGAACUAGCAGACAGCUUCUCCCCUCUUGCAAUCAACUUCUUAAACAGCUAACCUACGAUUGCAUUGCAACAUGCUGCCAUUUUUUUUGUCUUGAGUUUGUUGUCACAUUUCUGUCGGGCCAAUUAUACAUUACUCGUGCUCUCACUGUAGUAGUCUCGCCACGCUGCACUCUUUUCAUAUCUGUUGUUGACCAAUACUGCCCACUCAUGCCAGAGUAGCAUCUGCCCCAUUUGCACACUGACUGAGGAGUAUCUGCAACAUUUGCACAAUCAACAUUGUCCCAGAUUAUCGCAUGACUAGUCACUUUAAACUGCAUACAUUCCUUGAAGUCUCGGCGCCCUUUGCACAAUGGUCAUUGCACCGAAUUAUUGCUAUAUUAGUCAUUCAAACUGCUCGAAGUGCUAGAAGACUCUGCAUCUUUUUGCACUAUUGUAAAUAGCAUGGCAUUACCAGAUAACUAGCAACCCUUUAUUGCUCAGUGACUGUUUUUGUCAAUGUAUUUAUGUCUCAAAAGUGUUCUCUGUCAAUUGACUGUUGUCGUACGAGAGCGGCUCCCACUACCGGAGACAAAUUCCUUGUGUGUUUUUUGGACAUACUUGGCAAAUAAAGAUGAUUCUGAUUAUGA